AUGAUUUUUGUAGACAUUACUCUGUUGUUGGGUAGAAAGAAAAGCGAGAGGAUAUUACUAAAGACGGCAUUCAGCAAAUUCACUAAUGAAGAAUCCAAUCCAUUGCUUAUUGAUAUUGAAGAUGAAGACAAUCAAGGAAACGAAACAGGAAAACCUCGGAUUAGAAGAGAAGGACAAAAGAAAUGUGUGGAGGAACGUGUGAAUUGCACACCAGACAAUUCAAUGCAAAGGGAUCUUAAAGUUGUAGUUUUGAGCUCAGAUUCAAAAAAGAAUAUGAAAACCAAAGUCAAUGUGAAGAAGUUUGCUGCAGGAAAAGAAAGGGUUUCAAAAUCUAAAAAAAAGAUACAGAAACAAAAAGGUUUGAUUCAAAGUGUUGACAUGACAGAAGAUAAUGAAAUACAUAGGCAAAAUGAAUUGAGAACAAAAAGACGGUUUGAUAGUUGUAAAAUAAAAGGUGAUGAAGUUGUUGUUUUAAACUCAUGUUCAGGAAAACAUAAGGUAACUGUCAAGAAGCUUAAUGAAGAUGAAGACUCUGAUUUUGAAGAUGCUAAACCUGUGCUUAUAAGGAAAAAGAGAAUGCAUUAUACUUCCUUCAAAGAUGAUGACAAAGAAAAUGUGAAGAAAUUAAAAAGACAAAAGAAUAAAGAAGGAAAUGUAGUGAAAGCAAGGAAAAUGCCUAAAGUUGUAGGAAAUGAUGCAGAAGAAGCAAGGCGAAUACAAGUACGGACAUCUCCAAAUGUUUUGUACAGUUAUAGGAUGGUACUCAACCUUCAUCAUGGUGAUAUACCAAUUAAUCGGCAGGUUAUUCACGAACUGUUGGGUCUGCCUCUGGGAAAUGUUACAAUAAAGUCCAUGGCUUAUAGAGAAGUUACAGACGACACGAUAACUGUUUGGAAGAAACAAUUCGAUGAUGAAGAUAAUAUUAGACCAAGGGCAGUUCAACAAGUUAUUAUGCAAACAACACGUGCAGAUUUACUCUUUAAAGAGACAAAAAAGUGCAUGGAAUCCAAAAAGCAAAAAAGGAUUCUAUGUUGGGCCAAUAAUCUUACUGCUGUUGCUAUAUGUAGAAAGUGUUCGAUGCGAUUCAGUGAAGAUUGUACGAGGCAGACCAGCAAUAUGUUUUUGGAAUGUUGA